AUGGAAGGCCACGAUCCAGAUAGCGUCACGAGUCUAACCAAUCAACCGAUUCAAAUAGGGCCUGGGAUUCCGAGACCAGUGCCAAAACUCUCAGUCAAGGACGCCGGAAUCCGUAAGCUUCUUACAAAAUCCAAACCAGUACAUCCCUCGAAACUGGCCGCAGAUGAUUUAUUGCAGUCAUUGAGGAAUAUUUCCGAGGAGACAAGGACUUCAGCAAGCGCGGAUCAGACCCUUGCGCAGCCGUCAGAAACUCCUCAGUCGAUCUGGGCUCUGAGAAUCUCCAAUCAACAAUGUGUCCGAGAGCGAUUUGGGGAGCUUCAAAAAGCGAUAGAUGAAUAUAACACUGAGGCUCCCAAGCAGAAAUGGGAAUUGAUCCAGAAAAGGGGGGUCGAUUUUGAAGAGGUCCGUAAGGUAGCAGAAAAGCUCCAAAAUGAGAACUCUCCGGGCACGGGGGCAGUUGGUCUCAAGCGCAAGGCAAAAGCAGCUCUGCAACAGUUUUGCAAAACAACGCUUUAUUACUCCGCCGUUCUGGAUGUCUUGAUCCAGCAGCACCCAGACUGGGCGAGUAUUGCGUGGGGCACAAUGAAGCUGUUGGUAAUGAUUCCCGUGGAGUAUCAAAAGAUCCAGGAGGGCAUCACGGUUCAUCUCAGCAAGUUCGGGGAGAGGUUCCAGCUGGUCCAACUGCUCCUUCGAUUUUUUCCUCACGACAAGAUGGUGGACGCUGCGGCCGCCAUGUACGCGGGGUUCGCUGAAUUUCUGGAGAUCUCCAUUCGUUGGUUCCGUAGUAACAGGAUAGUGAGAAGCGUUAAGGCAACUCUCUUCCCGUUCGAUACACGCCUUGGACCAAUCCUGAAGAGUGUCGACGAAAGCUACAGAAAGCUAAUGGAACAGGCUGAAAUCCAGAGAUUGAUAUGGGGGUUUCAGAGGGAACUGCAAACCGAAAAGGACAUGUCUUUUUUCAAGGACUUCGCUGUCCACACUGACUCCAGAACCGGGCGAAUCAUCGAGAUUCUCGAGGAGCUUGUGAGUCAAAACCGGCUCCAAAGGGAACGAGAAAUCAGGGCUAUAGAAGGUGCUAGAAAUGUCGACCGUGAGCUUUUCCGGCUUCCCGCUCUAGACGUCUGCCAACAGUUCUUCUCUGAGCUACUUCCCAUCGAGGAGGACUUUAAAGAUGCGCAAAAACGGAUGCAAGUUUUGCCUCUGACGCAGUGCAACGAAGGGAUCAAUGUCGUGCACCGCGCAGAUUUCCGAGAGUGGAUUGAAAAAGAAGCAUCCGGUCUCCUGUGGAUCGAUGGUUACGAAGUACCGGGUCAGCCAAGUUGGACCACCGAGUUUGCGUUGAAUAUCGUUCGCGCGGCGUUGGAGGCGGGGUACGGAGUGCUGUACAAUUUCUGUACGCUGUAUGCGGACACUCCAUCGAUCUGUAAUCCCCGUGCUCUGGUCCAGAGGCUUUCAUUUCAUCUGCUUCGGCGAUUUCCUGAGGUCCUCACGAAUGGAGACCCGGAACUUUUCAACGCGGAGAUAUUUGUGGCUGCUAAAUCGGACAUGGAGCUCUCGUGGAAAAUCUUUCUGGAAUGUCUCCGGGCAGUGCAUUUGCCAGUGAUAUAUCUCGUCGUGGAAGGCAUUGAUCGAACUCGAAUUCCCGGUGUUGGUGAGGACUUUGAAAAAUUACUCCAACGCUUCAAAGACCUCGAGGACUUCGGAAGGGCAGAGCAAAAGAAGAUCAAGGUGAUCUUGACAUCCGUGAGACCUGACGGUGGCUCUGAACUGCUGUUCGAUAGAUCCCGCUCGAAGGCCAACAAAGUCGGUGACAACGACUUGAUCAUUCGCAUUCCUCGCGUGGCUGUUAGGAGCCGAAAACAGCAUGCUCUCCGGCCUAGCAAGAAAACAGCAUCAGCCGCAAGAUGUAGGGCCCCUAUGCUGGACGGAGACAGCUGCACAGACAAAGUGCACGAACAGUACUAUGACGCGGAUGACUUCAUCCCGUCCGAUACUGAAAAGGAGCAAACAGCUGCGCAAGAGACAACGGAUGUCGAAUCAGAUAGUGAUUUCGACAUCUUCAGCGACCCGGGGGAUAGGGAGCGCUCGGCGCGUGCUCACUUCCAAAACAAGACGCGUCCAUCUGUUCCCGCCGAGGAAAGCGCAACCCAGAAAAGCAAGCUGACGUUUGGCAAUGACGCAGCCAUGGAUUCCGACAGUUCCUUCGACAUUUUUGAAUCCGAUUCAAAGCCAGAAGGGAGAAAGCUAGCCCGAUAUCAAUCAUCUGAAUUUGUGCCCUCCAGCGGAGAGGAUUGA